CCUUGAAGCCUGUUGUCACUGGAUAAUUCCAAGCCGGAACAGAAGGAUCGUUCCAUUUGCCAACUUACAUUCAACCUAUCAAGGACAAGCAGGCGAUUAUAGGAAACACUAAGUUCGACCAGCCCAAACCGCUGCAAAGCUUCCGCUGGCCAACUCUCCGCGUCGGCUACACCUCCCUUGCCGCUCACUUUCUAUCGACCGACUACACAGUAUUUCUCGAGGUCAAGAUGACUGAUCGGCGGAGAAUCAACGGGCCGCCCGGCGCAACAAUGCCACCGGUCUACGACAUCACCAACCAAACCUCGGCAUCUCGGGCAAGGCCAGGAAAUACCAUUCGGGGCUUGUUCCUCAAGACUGGCGUGACCCCGACGGCAUCAGGUUCAGCCUAUAUGGAAAUCGAACCGCCUUACGGUCAUGUGAGCUCAAAGUCCAAGGUCAACGGCAUGAAGCUCAUCUGCACCGUUCAUGGGCCUCGUUCACUCCCACGAUCUGCACCAUUCUCACCCUAUUUGGUGCUCUCAACCCACGUCAAAUACGCCCCUUUCGCUACGCGUCAACGCCGCAGCUAUCUUCGCGACUCGAGUGAAAGGGACAUCAGCGUCCACCUUGACACGGCUCUUCGUGGAGUCAUCAUCGCUGACCGAUGGCCCAAGAGUGGCGUUGAUGUUAUUGUUACCAUCAUCGAAGGUGAUCAGGAGCGAGAAGCCUCUCAUUUUCAAGGCAACGAGGAAUGGGAUAUGAUGAACGUUCUCAGUGGGUGCGUCACCGUUGCCGCAGCCGCUCUCGCAGAUGCCGGCAUUGAUUGUGUGGACAUGGUCACAGGCGGUGUUGCAGCUCUUGUUGCUUCAGACAAGGGCGACACCAACACGCCGUCCAUUGUGCUGGAUCCAAUCUCCCUGGAACACGAGAGUAUUCUGGCCGCCUGUUGUGUUGCCUACUUGCCCAAUCGCGCCGAGAUUACCAACCUCUGGGUAAAAGGUCAACUUCCGCCAUCCGACUCUUCGUUGCAUACAAAACUCAUAGGUCGUGCCAUUCAAGCUUCCAAGGGCAACUACCGUGCUGUCCUUGAAAGACUACAAAACAACCAACCACCUAACAGCUAGAGGACCCGAACUUGAAUAAAUUAGUGCGGUGGUAUACAUCCUGGACCAGAAGUCAUCGCCGGGUGCGCUAUGCCUUCAGAAGAGAAUGGUUUGCCGCAUCAUUGACGAGUAGCUGGGCCCUACAGACUUGGUAUCUUUCAUGGCGUGCUUGGAGCAAUCGAUGGAAACAAGGGGAGAAAAUUGGAUGAAGGCGAAGCAAGGCGACUGUACUGCGAGGAAGGUUUACGAUACACAGGAGACUACUUCAAGAAGGUAACACCUACACGCAACCUUAAAGUAUGUCAGAACAUGACUAGUAAAAGAUAGUGUAGGCAUCCAUCGAUAGAUGUUCCGAGGGCUUCAAUGAGGGAAGGUUUGCUGCUUUUCGGGAGAGGAAACUCGGGGAACCUUGACAGGCAAGAUACUGCAUCGAUGGUGGAUAGUUUGAGCCGUUCAACGUUGCAGUCCAAGGAUGGAGGAGCCUUUCUCGCAGUUGCUUUUUCCAAAGAACUAGCAUACAGAGAUAUCAUUUGAUGUGGCUAUUGGCAUUUCAACGCAUG